ACACUGCAUCAGCACCAGCAAAUCUGGACCUUGUUACCUGACUUGAAGGCAGAAUAGGAGGCAGAAGACGUUUCUUUGGACUGCUGCGGUUGUUGGUUUUCACUAAGUAGGCACAAUGAACCACAGCAAGGAUGAAUUUGAACCUUUUGAAUAUUCCUACUAUGAUUAUGCUGACUGGUACUCCAAUGAUCCAGAGCCAACAAAGCCUCCCAAAGAAGUUAUCUCACCUUGUGACCCAACAGCGAGCGAUGCCAUCUUUCACAUAUGCAUACUGUCUAUAUCUUUGGUGAUCAUGUUAAUUCUGGCAACUCUUAGCAGAAAAAAUAAACUCUGCCAAGGAUUUGCAAGAGGAUCCUCCAGCAUCUUUAGUCCAACCAACUUCCUGGAUCAGACACAGAGGAAAGAGGUGGUGAUGGCUGUGUUUGGACUUGUGUUCAGCAAGCUGGCUGUGCUUGUUAUAGCACCUGAUCCCCUGCCUUUUUCCAAAGACACGCCACCUGAACUCAAAGAGUUCAUGAAGAUAAUCGCCAUCUUCUACUAUCCAGUUCUCUACUACCCUUUGAUGCUUUGUAGCACUUUGCAGCUCAAAGCUGGUUAUGUGUUUGGGACCCUGCUAUCUGUCAUUCAUUUUGGUAUCCAGCUGUGGCAGAAAUUGGAUUGUCCAAAGACCCCAGAGCUAUAUAAGUUCUACUCUUUGCUUGCAAGUUUGCCUCAGCUAUCCUGCCUUGCCUAUCUUUGUAUUCAGUUUCCUUUGAUGUUUUUUAGAGGAACAAAGACUGAACAGGAUCUUGACAGUAGUUACUACAGCGACUAUGUGAAAUCACUUUUGAAGAAGUCUCCUGUCGUUAGCUCCUCAUUGUCUGACAAAACCACACUGAUGAAGAGACUACUUCAAGUGCCUAAAAGUUACAUUUAUAUUCCAGAUAAAGCGUUUCGUUUCCCUCUAAAGCUGGCUGUAUCGGUAUUUGUGGCUUUGGUGGCAAUAUACCAUACAGCACUUUUGUUAGUUGUACUGGUCGUCCCAACUCUCCAUAUUGUUCGUGCCGGUAUUGAUGAGAAUAUUGCCUUCCUCUUACUGGGAUUUGGGAUCAUCCUUUCUGAUGACAGAAUGGAAGUGGUCAAAAUCGUCACUUUCUACACUUGGCUGCUGGAAGUCUGCUACCUCUGUGCAAUGACCCUGUCUUGUGUGGUCAGCCUGCUAAUGCUCAUGAGGACCAUGGUACUUCACAGGUCAAACCUAAGGAGGCUUUACAAAGGAGACAUUUACAACCUUUACAACAGCCAGAAGAGCCUUCAGCCAUCGAGAUCUAGUGUUGUCUGUUGGAUGGGCCUGACUGGAUACCAAGCUGCCAUUAUUUGUCUGGGUAUGGUGAUCCAGACUGUAGUGUUUUUCAUCUGCUUCUUGUUCCUGGUCUUCCUUAUUAUCAUCCCCAUCUUUUAUGGACGUAAUUUAAUGGUCUUCGAGAUUGCUGGCAAGGCUUGGCCAGCAUGGGUUUCAGUGAUCCUGAUCACAGUGAUUCAGCAUGUUGCUGCCAGGUUUGCAUUUGUCAAAAAAGACGCUGGCACAAGAGACUUGAAUAACAGGGAAAGUUUAUACCUUCUGACAUAUCUGCUGUUUCUCAUUAAUACUGUGGUGGGACUGAUUGUAGCCAUAUGGAGAAUUGUCAUUACUGCACUUUUCAACAUUGUGCAUCUUGGUCGGGCGGAUAUCAGUCUACUGCAUCACACUGCAGAAGCAUAUGACCCAGCAUACCACUACUACACAAACUUUCUGAAGGUGGAGGUGUCCCAAGCACACCCUGUGAUGAAAGCUUUCUGUGGGUUGCUGCUGGAUUUAAUGGUCGAAGAUGGCCGCGCAGGCCAAAAAAUUCGAGACGCGGAGGAAGGGAUCCAGGAGAACUUGAAGAACAGGUCGACUAGUAGUCGCAGGAUUCGCUAUCGUUGGCAGCUGGUGUACACACUGGUCAACAACCCCUCACUUUUAGGUUCUAGGAAGCACUUCCAGACAAUGCAGAGCUUGGAGAGCAUCUUGAAUGGCAGCCCAAAACGCAGCAAGCAAAUGAGCAGCAAGAGGGAAGUAGGAAAAGCAUCUGCCACUGUGCCGAAUCCAUCCAGUGAGAAGCAAGAUAAAAAUGAUUGAAAUUCCAUUACUGCUCUUUUCAGCAAGUUUGGCAAUGUUUUUUGAGUAAAUUGAUUUGAUUUUGCAUGAGUGAAGCAAAAUAUUGUGGAGAUUAGUAUUAAGUGAAGCCUUAAAUGAUACUCCGAACAAGAAAAAAGUCAUAUGGUUGGAUCAAGAGCACGCUGGCUUAGACAAGUGUACAAAAACCACAUACCAUGUUUCUCUAAAAGUGUACAUAUUACUACAGUACAUUAACAUCUCUAACUUACAUUAUUAUUAAUUUUCUGCAAUGAACACAACUUGCAAAGCUGUUGCUUUUUUACAAAUAAAUGCGGUGGAUAUCGGUGUUAGGAUACCACUACCGAUACAUUCAUGGCAAACAUUGUUAUAGUUAUUGAUGUUAUCGUACUAUUUAGAAAAAUGUUAACACACACUAAAAUAUGUGUUUAUCCAGUUAUUCCCUCAUUUAAAAUAGAGAAUUCAUAUUAUUGUUUUUUCCCUGAAAAUUCCCAGUAAAAUGUUGUUUACACUCUUCAUGAUUCACUCAAAUGAUGCAUUUGGAAUCUUGAAAUGCUGUUUUUCCUGAUCAUCCAGAACUAUACUCUUCAGCACCUACAGUUCUUAUGGCCCAUUUCUUCCUUUCCACAGAUUUGUUUAUCAGCUCUGAAGUAAACGUUAUUGGGUUAUGACAAAAAAGUAACCACAAAAAAUAAAUAAAUAAAAAAAAUCAAUUCCCCUUUCUUCUGGUUUUCUGUUUUUGAUGAUUCAUAAGGCAUCCUGGUGUGGACGUUGCU